UGCCGUUUUCUUUUGCCGUCAAGCAAAUAAUUUCUCGUCUCUUCGUCUUGGCAAGUGUGCGGUUUUUUCGGUGUGCUUAGGCCCGACGUUAGUUGUCUAACCGCUCUACUGCAUCCUGUUGCCCAGCGAGCAGGAUCUAACGCCAGCGGACUAGCGACGGAUUGGAGGUCUGGGCAUGACUCUUUCCCCGAGCGAUAAUGAAUGAUUUCACCAGGCCCACUGCAUACUAUGGCCAGUCGUCGACGGUGUCCCGCAUGCAGCAGCAGUACUGGACCACCAAGCAGGCCUUCUUCCGCAAGAUUGGCCGCAAGGAGGACGACUGCAUCAUUGCCAGCGAUGCGGAGCUGGACGCCAAGCUGGAGCUGUUCGGAGCCAUCCAGGAUUCGUGCAGCAACCUGCUGAGGGUGCUCGAGGGCUACCAAGACCGCAUCCUCGCCCUGAGCCAGGAGGAGAAUGCGCUGGGCCGCUUCCUCAAGGAGUGCGGGAAGCAGGACAAGACCCGGGCGGGCAAGAUGAUGGGGGCCACGGGACGGACUAUGAGCCACUCGGCCCAGCAGAGGCUGACGCUGCGGCUGCCCCUGGUGCGGCUGUACCAGGAGGUGGAGACAUACCAGUGCCGGGCGGUGGCGGACACCCUAUGCACGGUGCGCAAGAUGGAGCGCUCCCGCACGGACUACCGGGGGGCCCUGCUCUGGAUGAAGGACAUCUCUCAGCAGCUGGACCCGGACACCUACAAGCAGCUCGAGAAGUUCCGCAAGGUGCAGGGUCACGUGAAGCGCACCAAGAUGCAGUUUGAGAAGCUGAAGCUGGACACGCUGCAGAAGGUGGACCUGCUGGCAGCGUCACGUUGCAACAUGUUCUCGCACGUGCUGGCCACGUACCAAGGCGCCUUGCUGGCCUUCUGGGAGAAGACCUCCUCGACCAUGACCAAUGUGGCCGAGAGCUUCAGGGGCUACCAGCACUACGACUUUGUGGUGGUCAAGGAGCUUCAAGAGCCCAGCAGGAGAUUGGCCCAGGAGAUGGGCAAUGGAGAGGACAAGGGGAGCAGAGAGGAUAACGACAGGAUGCUGCUGGCAGAGUCAGAAUACCGCGACGAGGAAGGCAAGCGGAGGCGCAAGAAGGCAAGCCCUGGUAGGGCUGGCCUUGACGACGUGCCUCUACUCAGCCUGGACACCACUCUGGACAGCACUCUGGGCAGCACUCUGGGCAGCACUCUGGGCAGCUCCCUAGAUGGUAACCGGGACGGCAACCGGGACGGUAGCCUGGACGGCAGCCUGGACGGCAACCUGGUCGGCAACCUGGUCACCAGUGGGCCUGUCUUGCCGGCCCCUGGCUCAGCAGACUGGGACCUGCUCUCGGCCGGCCCGUCUGAAGGGGACGACCUGGCUCUGCUCUCUGCGCUGUUGCUCUCUCCCGAGUCGCUCUGCGCCCUCUCGUCAGAGGAGGGCCUGGGCCGCCAGUGGCGGGCGGCCUUUGGGGAGCCCCUGGUGGACUCGCCCGCAGCUACCACCGCAGAUGCCCCCCCGGCCGACUUCCUUCCCUCGCAGCUGCUCGACCUCGAGGGCGCCGCCCUCACCGCAGGUGUGGAUGCGCCCAGCCUAGAGCCCCUGAAGCCAGCCCCCAAGCCGGCACCCGUCGACAAGCCGUUCAGAAAGGAGAAGAAGGACAUGUCAGCCUGGUUCAACUUGUUUGCCGACCUGGAUCCCCUGGCCAACCCAGACGCCAUUGGGAAGAAGCCUACCGAGGAAGACCGAAACUGCUGAACCCGUCGUCCCAGUGCAACGUGCCGGACACACGGUGGCUCGAAAAUUUUCCGGUGAUGUGCAUUAAAGGAGAAAUUCGGCGCUGAAUAAUUCUCCAUGUGUCACGUCCGGCUCUGA